GUAAUAUAGAGUUUUGGCAACAUGGUAUUGUCCAAUUUGAUGAUACGGGAAGGGACGAGACGAUGUAACUCUGGGUGUUUGGUUACCAUACUCCGUACCGAACCUGCGAGUUCCGAUCGGGGGCAAGUGGGGAGAACCGCCACCAGCACCACGGUUUCUCCACAGCACAUAUUUUUGGACUUCAGCGCGCACCUUCCCUCAGGCAGCCAGCACGAUGGUCGGUCUUAUUGAUGAUCAUCAUUCAGAAGAAUCCCCGCUUGGUGGCCCCUGGCGCAUAAGUGGAUGGAAAAAUAUGAGAGGACGUGCUGCUUCAUUGUCCGUGUGGUGCGCUCUCCGUUACCUCCGUUUCUCCGGAGCAAAAAUGGACCAGGUUUGUAAUAAGCCCAAGGCGACUCAAUGCUCUCAAUAGCGAUUGUGACCAAGUGGACUAACCCUCAAGCGAGUAUAGUGCCGUCCCAGGGAACGCUGGAAGGGGAAGGGAGCGACCCGCCCAGACAAACUAACCUUUCGGGUGGAAAUCUUCCACGGUGGGGAUCCCGU